AUGGGUAAUUGGAAAAUACAACUGCCGGAAUCGACCUCAAAGGAUCAUGUCUUGGGUACCAUAAGCUCUGGCCUACCCAAGUAUUAUGCUGGAGAACCCAGGGUUAAUUUGGGACAUUUCAGCCCUUCCUUGCAAAACAGUCUGAAACGAGUGAUUGAGCAAAGCUAUCAAGCGGAAGCCGAUGAAAAACCUUCAGCUGAUGACAUCAGUCGUGCUUACGACAUUCUGUCUAAAUACCUCGCCGCAUACCUGAUGGGCCAGUCGUCAGACGACAGUGUAACCCACUGGGUUGUGUCCCAGUUCCCUCGUCAUCAAACCCAGCCAUUGCAGUCGAUUUUCCACAACAAGUCGCAAACUCCCGAAGCUAGGUAUCACGCCGAGAGUUUGAAUAGGGCUCGCGGGUUGUUCGCUUCGUUGCUAGAGAUUACAACAGUGGACAAUAUCAAUAUAUUCGGCAAUGCUUUACGGCAAUCGAAUUGGGGUCUACUCGAGAUGACACAUUAUUGGGGAAGGGUUGAUAUGGUCAAGUUCUCCCAAGAAUAUAAGAAACCUGAUUUGGCAUUGAAUAUCAUCAAGGCAAUGGGAGAUGCAGGUGUUUGGCCAGUUGACGUGCGGCAUCCUCCUUCGAUAGUCCUUAGAUCGUGGGCACAAAAUGGUCCCAUGUUAUAUUUGCAUAAGUUUGAAGCAAUUACUAUAGCACUGGGAUUUGCUGUGGCCGAAUAUGUCUUGCGACUGAUGCUGUUGUUUCACCCGAUCCUACAGAACUGA